CAUUAUGUAACACACACCUCUACACAGAUUAGAGUUUAAGAUCCUUGCCCCUCUACCCCCAAACUUUUCGUUGUAGAGAAUCGGCUGCUAAUCUGGUACGGAGUGGUCCUUACGCUCGGCAGCAGUGGAGGGAUGAGCAAAAGGGAAAUGAAACUCCUGCAACUGCUGCACCUUCCACCUAUGUUUCAACUUACAUGAAAAGUGCUUCAUUUGGCAGAAGUAGUGACCUCAGCAGUCCCUACAUUUCAGCCAAUCGCAAUGCAUCUUCAACUACCUCAUCCACUACACUUGGUUCAUCUACCUCAUUGGGCACAGAGUGGCAGCUUGCCUCUUGCCCCACAUCUGUCAGUUCUAAUACUACAGCAUCAUUGCACCAAUAUAACAGAUCCCCUUACAGGCAACAAAGUGACUCUACUGUAGAGAAGAGUACAGAGGGCAUCUCUUCCAGCAUUCCUCUAAGUGUCAUAACAAAUCUCACUGUACCUAGUAGUGCCAAUGGUGUCACAACUGCCAACUCCAACUCGCUGACUGGAACAGAGACCUCUGUUGGUGAUGCCAGGGAUCGCAGAAGGUCAUAUCUGACUCCUGUACGAGAUGAAGAAGCAGAAUCUCUUAGAAAGGCACGAUCCAGGCAAGCUCGCCAGACUCGCAGGUCUACUCAGGGUGUAACACUUACAGAUCUUCAGGAGGCAGAGAGAACCUUUAGCCGAUCUCGGGCAGAGCGGCAGACUCAGGAACAGCCAAGUGAAAAAUCAGAAAGAAUUGAAGCCACUGCGGAGGGUAGUGAGAAACAGGAGGACACCACAAGGGAGCCCAGGGAGACACGCUCACGAUGGAGUAGAAAUGUGGAUGAAGAGCCUGUUGGUCGUCGAUUGAGGUGCUCAGCACAAGAAGACAAACCUACAACACCCACCUCUCCUUCAUUAGCCCCUUAUCUUUAUUCAAGUUCCCACCUGCCCAGGACAAGUAGAUGUUUAUCUUCUGAUACAGUGAAUCCAACAGACUUCCAAAGCACAUCUACUGACAACAUGGAAAAGAAUGACCAUGAAGAUCAAGACUUGGAUGACAAGAAUUCAAACAAGCAGUCAGUUAGGGAGAGACGACGACCAAAAGAGAGAAGAAGAGGCACAGGAAUCUCUUUCUUUACAAAGGAAGAUGAGGAGAUGGAUGGUAUUGAAGAAGCAAAGGAUGAUCGGAAGGCACCACCCAGCUGCACAUAGUGAGACAGAAGUGAAGAGUUGGAUCUUGUUGCUACUGAGAGGUGACCUGUUGCCUUGCCACCACCCUGAAUGGGCCAUGUCGUCCUUGUAUACCAGGAGUAAGGAGUUUACUCGA